AUGGUCUCAGUAUACAGAGACUCCAAGAAUAAGAGUCGAGAUACCUGCAGUUGGCUCUCCAUCAUCAAGAAUAAUAGAACACCAAAACCUAAUAUCACAUGGUAUAAAGAUGAUGCACCCUUGAAGUUAUCAGAACAAUUUAGUUUAGUAGAUAAAAACCAAAAACUCAUAGUAAAGUAUCUCUUAGAGGAGAAGCAACUUGGUAGUGGACAUUUUGGGGUUGCAAUGAAGGCUAAAGCGUAUGGAGUUUGGACCGAUAAGCCUGUUCUAACUGUGGCCGUUAAAUCCGCCCACAAUGAAGCUGAAUCAAUUUACCUUCGUGCUUUAGAAAGGGGGCUAAAAAUUAUGAUUCAUUUAGGAAGGCAUUUAAACAUUGUCAAUCUUCUGGGUGCAUGUACCAAAAAUAUUGCACAAAGGGAAUUGCUUAUUAUUUUGGAAUUUUGUAAGUUUGGAAACCUACAAGAACUACUUUUGCAAAAUCGAAGAAAUUUGAUAAAUCAACCAAAUUCGUUGACUGGUACAAUAAACUCACCUGUUAAACAGGAAUUGCAAAGUCGCAUUGCUCAUGAUCUUAACAACAGGGACACCCAACCAGGCUGGCGAUCUAAUUACCAAAAUGUCUGUAAUGAAGCGACUUGCAUACUUGUAGAUUCUGAGAAUCUCUUGUACUGGGCAUUUCAGUACCUUAUCAUUGUACUUAUAUUACUUGAUACAUGGAUUCUGCAUGCUGAUUUGGCAGCAAGAAAUAUCCUUUUGUCAGAGAACAACAUUGUUAAAAUUUGUGAUUUUGGUCUAGCUAAAAUGAUCUACAAAGACGGCUAUUAUAAAAAACAGAGAAAUGGGGCAGUGCCUGUGGCAUGGAUGGCUACUGAGUCAAUUAGAAAUGGGAUUUUUUUGACUAUGUCAGACGUCUGGUCAUUUGGUGUCGUACUAUGGGAAUUUUUCACAUUUGCAGAUAUACUAUUCUUAGGUAUGGAUAUCAUAGAACAGUUAGAAAGACUUAUCAACGGCUACAGGUUGGAGCAGCCUAAAUAUGCAACCAGCACCAUAUAUGAUAUUAUGCUUUGCUGCUGGAAGGCUGAGCCUACUCUAAGGCCAUCAUUCACAGAGCUAAUUGAGAGAAUCGGUGAGCUAUUAAAGGAUGACGUCAAACUGCGCUAUAUGAAUCUGAAUCAUACGUAUCAGGUUCUUAAUCAGGCACGAAAUUUUGAGAGUCAGUACGACUAUUUGGCCAUGGCAUCGUCUUCAGAUCAUCCAACGCUUGGUCUGACUCAACACGAAUACGUCAACUGUAUAAUAACGACUCAGACAAUAAUAAGCUUUUGCCAUGUAUCAAUUAAAGCAACCAGCGAAGAAUUGUCCUUCAGUGAUGUGUUGGUUCAAAUGAUUUUAAGAGACUGGACCUACAAAUUUGGUAACAGCAUUACUUCUAAUACUUAUUUAAGUACUUUUUAUUGUAAAAGAGGAAUUAUUCUUAGAAUCGCUAAAUUGAAACACAAUACAGACAACGAAAUUGAACUGGUCAGAUCAGCAUUCCUUAGAGAUGAAAAACAAAUUUGUAAAGAAGAAGCAGUCCUUAAUGCUAGUAUUGUCGGUGCUUUUGUUCUUGUCAAAAAAGCUGAGAAGCAAUUAAAGGAAUGUAAAGUUCUAGAUGAAAAAUUCCUGCUAACCUUAUGUCUAAACGUAAUGAUUAUGUCUUAA